CAAAGUGGGCCCCAGAGCGCGGGCGGCGCGGCGGCGCGCGCCAGGGGGCGGUCCUGCGCGGCCGGCCCCGCCCUCUGCUCGCCUCCCAGUCUCCCCCGCGCUUCCUGCACUAAGGUAUCCGCCGCCGCGUUCCCUCUGCCGGCUGUCUUGUACCGGCAGUGCCAUGGCGGCCUUCAGCAAGUACUUGACGGCGCGAAACUCCUCGCUGGCUGGUGCCGCGUUCCUGCUCCUCUGCCUGCUCCACAAGCGGCGCCGCGCCCUCGGCCUGCACGGUAAGAAAAGUGGAAAACCACCAUUACAGAACAAUGAGAAAGAGGGAAAAAAGGAGCGAGCUGUGGUGGACAAGGUGUUUUUCUCAAGGCUCGCACAGAUUCUGAAAAUCAUGGUCCCUAGAACAUUUUGUAAAGAGACAGGUUACUUGGUACUUAUUGCUGUUACGCUGGUGUCUCGAACGUAUUGUGAUGUUUGGAUGAUUCAAAAUGGAACACUAAUUGAAAGUGGUAUCAUUGGUCGUAGCAGGAAAGAUUUCAAGAGAUACUUACUCAACUUCAUCGCUGUCAUGCCUCUUAUCUCUCUGGUUAAUAACUUCUUGAAGUAUGGGUUAAAUGAGCUUAAACUGUGCUUCCGAGUAAGGCUCACUAAAUACCUCUAUGAGGAGUAUCUUCAAUCUUUCACAUAUUAUAAAAUGGGAAAUCUGGACAACAGAAUAGCUAAUCCAGACCAGCUGCUCACACAAGAUGUAGAAAAAUUUUGUAACAGUGUAGUCGAUCUGUAUUCAAAUCUUAGUAAGCCAUUUUUAGACAUAGUUUUGUAUAUCUUUAAGUUAACGAGUGCAAUUGGAGCUCAGGGCCCAGCAAGCAUGAUGGCCUACUUGGUUGUUUCUGGGCUAUUCCUAACUCGACUUAGAAGACCCAUUGGUAGGAUGACAGUAACUGAGCAAAAAUAUGAAGGAGAAUAUAGAUAUGUUAAUUCUCGGCUCAUCACAAACAGUGAAGAAAUUGCCUUUUACAAUGGGAAUAAAAGAGAAAAACAGACAGUCCACUCAGUCUUCCGAAAACUGGUGGAGCACCUACAUAAUUUCAUUUUGUUUCGUUUUUCAAUGGGCUUCAUUGAUAACAUUAUUGCCAAAUACCUUGCCACUGUGGUUGGUUACCUAGUUGUCAGUCGCCCUUUCUUAGAUUUGUCUCAUCCUCGACAUCUCAAGAGUACACAUUCGGAACUUCUAGAGGAUUACUACCAAAGUGGAAGAAUGCUUUUGCGAAUGUCUCAAGCUCUGGGUCGAAUCGUUUUGGCUGGGCGUGAGAUGACUAGAUUGGCUGGUUUUACUGCUCGGAUUACAGAAUUAAUGCAAGUACUGAAGGAUUUAAAUCAUGGCAAAUAUGAGCGCACAAUGGUCUCACAACAGGAAAAGGGUAUUGAAGGAGUACAAGUCAUUCCCUUGAUACCUGGUGCUGGAGAAAUCAUUAUUGCAGAUAACAUUAUAAAGUUUGAUCAUGUUCCUUUAGCAACGCCAAAUGGAGAUGUUUUGAUCCGUGACCUUAAUUUUGAAGUUCAAUCUGGGGCUAAUGUUCUAGUUUGUGGUCCUAAUGGCUGCGGAAAAAGUUCUCUUUUCCGUGUUCUUGGUGAAUUAUGGCCUCUUUUUGGAGGACGUCUAACUAAACCCGAGAGAGGAAAGUUAUUUUAUGUUCCUCAAAGACCUUACAUGACCCUUGGAACACUUCGAGACCAAGUGAUAUAUCCAGAUGGACGAGAAGAUCAGAAAAGGAAGGGAAUAUCUGACUUAGUACUGAAGGAAUACUUAGACAAUGUCCAGUUGGGUCAUAUCCUUGAACGUGAAGGAGGCUGGGACAGUGUUCAGGAUUGGAUGGAUGUACUCAGUGGUGGAGAAAAGCAAAGAAUGGCAAUGGCAAGAUUAUUUUAUCAUAAACCCCAGUUUGCCAUUUUGGACGAAUGCACAAGUGCAGUUAGUGUCGACGUGGAAGGCUACAUUUACAGUCAUUGUCGAAAGGUCGGCAUCACUCUCUUCACUGUGUCUCAUAGGAAAUCUCUUUGGAAACAUCAUGAGUACUACCUGCAUAUGGAUGGCAGAGGCAACUAUGAAUUCAAACAGAUAACAGAAGAUACAGUUGAGUUUGGCUCUUAGAGAAAUCUGGAGAACUAUACCUGCUUCAAUGAAAUAAUUACAGAAUACACUUAGAAAUGCAAAGUACAUUGUAAAAUAAAGUUGAGCUUGGUUUUUUUUUUAAAAGAAAAAAAAAGCAACAAAUUAACUAGAUAUAGAAUAAUGGAGAACAAGUUGUUAAAACAUUUAAUAUUAUAUAGGAUAUUGCUAAUUGUGUAUAUGUUGGUUUAAUUAUUAAUAUGUACUAAGAAUGUCCUUAUUCUUGUGGUUAAAAACCUGCCUAAAUUAAAUUGGGCUUCAAUCACUGUAACCUGAUUCAUCCUGGGAUGUAAACCAUUUGAAGUCAGCUAAUUGGACUUUUAUGGCUCUAUCUUUUCCUUCAAUGAAGAACCCUACUUAAAACCAGGUUAUCAUUUGUCCUGUUCUAGCCAGGUAGUCUUCAGUUUCAUUUUCCUGUGCCCCAUGGUAGUUGGAAACAAAUCAUAAUGUAUUAUUUAAAUGUAUAACAUCAUUGCAUAACAGCAUUUAUUAUACAGUGGCAGAUUUCUUUAGCUGCUACAGUAAUACUCAUUCCUUGUGUGUGUCUUGGAGUGCAUUUGACUCCAGGAAAGCCAUUUUGAUUUUCCUUAACUAAAUGAUAAAUGUACCCCUCUCAGUCUGUAGUAUUGAAUUGUUUAAAGUAUAUGUGCAGUCUUGCUUACAAGGAGGGGUUACCAUGUAUCACACUAAUCUUCCCAAUGUUUGGGAUAUUAAAACACAAAGUCCUUAACAUGCCAGGCUCAAGGUCUUAUGGGAGUUUUAGAUUUUUUAAAGAAUGAGACAAAUUUGUGUGUGUUAGAAGCCCAUUUAUUAGAAGUGUGGUGGUUAUUUGGUAUUAAACUCCAGAUGAGCCAUAGGAAGGCACUACAUGAAGUAAUGCACUAAGUGUGCAAUGCUAUCACUGUCUUUGACUAUGAUUUUAUGUUUAAAAAGUAUGUUCUAAAAUUAUUAUAUAUACAUGGGUGAAUUAUGUUUCCGAGGCACUGUUUUAUCUCUGUGAAUCUUGAAUAACUUUUUAAUAUUUGGGUUAUUUUGUUGAACGAUCCUAAGAGAAGAUGAUUUCAGUUCAUCAAACCAUCAUUAAUGACUUUAUGUAUUAUUUGCCCAGGGAGAACUGAAACUGAGUAUAAUCAAUAAGCUAGAUAUGAAAUCAGUUUCUCAAACUGAGCUUCUGAAAGGGGCAUUUUAUACUCGUUUCUGCGUAACUGGUUUUGUUGUUUUGCAGAAUUAACUAUAACAAUCACUGGCUACCGAAGUGAACUGAUGUACUGAAUUCCAUAAUACAUAACAUUCAAUUUUUACCACUUCUGUUUAGCAAACUUGUAUACUUAUUUUCUGUUCAGAUUAAAAAAAAAAAGAAGAAAACAAAACUCAGAUAUCCUGUACAACCUUUGCUUGUUCUUUUUAUUCUGGUAUCUAAAUACUGAGAAGUUCAUUUAUAAUUCAGCCUUGACUUGAAAACAUACAUAGUUUAGUCUUGACUUGAAAAACACAAAAAUAAAUUCAGAAAAUGCUUUUAGCACAGUGUCUCUUUUUUAAAGUUUUGUCAAGUGUGGUUUUUAAUUGAAUGAAUUUCUCUGUUAGAAAAGUUCAGUAAAAUCCGUGUACCUGACAAAUGCUACCAAACAUCCAGGAGACUUUAAAAGAUACUAUUCGUCUUGGAAAAUAUUUUAAGGCAUGGGGAAGUUUCAGAUUUUCAGAUUUCUGGAUUACCUUAAACCCACUUGUAGAAGUAUUCUCCUAGCUGCCUUAUAAUUGCUUUUCUUAUGAUUCUUGCCAUCAAAACAACAAUUUGGGCUUUUCUUCUUAAUUCUUUUCUUUUUUAUGUAACAAAUAUUAUAGUGCCUCACCAUUUGAGGCACAGAGGAAGAUCCUUCUGGAGAAUCACAUUAACAUAAUGGUGGUUCUUAGAAGACCCACAAUAAAGAAAUCCAUUGGUUCCAAAACAUGAUUGACCACGGAGCAUCUUUUUCUAUGCAAUUCCUAUGAACACCUUCCAGAAACCACACUGGGAAAUGGUAGUUUAAUCCGAAGAAUAAAGCAAAGAAUAAGAACUUUCAUCCAUGAGCACCACGCUGCAUACCAAGACAUACCACUGUGUUCUCAUAACAAGUUUUUAUGUAAUGGGAAGUAUGAAACAGUGAUGGUAGUUUGUUUUGCAUUAAUAGAAUAAAAUAUAUCUAGCA